AUGAGCUAUGCUGAACCGCUGCCGAGAACCAAAGUAGCAGCCAAACGGUGUCUACGAACACAGCCCCAGCAGCUUGACUUUAUGAAGUUGUGGAUCAACUCAAUUCGGCUCGAUCUUGAGGACAGGCUCCCCAAAGAUCUGGAUCUAUUCACUGCAUUGGACGCUGUCUGGCAACUCCGUUCUUUCUACGUCAAACAGCUUUCGCAUAUGAAGUUGUCCAAUUUGGCCAAUGACUCCUUUUUGCGUGGCUUGUAUUCGUUGUUCAUCAAGUAUCUUCUGCAGCAGCACUUGUUGGAUCAGCUCGAACAACAUGUGAGGGAUUCGCUUUUCGAGGGCCUCUCGCUACAAAUGAAGACCCUCUCGUCCAUUGGAAUGGAUGCCACUUUACGUCAGAUUGUCGUCAAGGUUACGGUUGAGAAGAUUUGUAGCCACUUGACUGAGGUGUGUCUCGGUCAAUGGAACACACCAGUUCUUCAUGACCUUGAAAAGUGGCUACGGCUCGAGCUCUACCCUUCCUUCUCCCUUGGAUGUGGAUCCAAAUAUGCAUGUGCUUCGAGUAGCGAUCUUGUCCAGAUCGCUCGAGACGAGCUUGUGCUGCUCCGAAUCAAGGAGAUAUUCGAUAUGGUGACGCAAUUCCCAGAAAGUAUAGUGGCACUCCAGGAACUUCGUGAAUGCUUAGCCUUGGACAUAGACCGCUUUCAGUCUUUGGCCCACCAUCGUGCAAAGAUCGUGGAUGUUUUUAUUGAUGAUUGUGGUCAGAGACUACUUCACCUGGGAACGAAUACGACCGAUGUGAUCAUCGUGUACACUAAAACAAUUAAAGCCUUCCUUAUGAUCGAUCCAACGGGUGUCUUGCUUGACAAGGUGGUCCGUCCAAUUAGGCAAUAUUUGAGCACUCGUUCAGAUUUGGUGCAACAGGUUGUCAACGGCAUGCUUGACCUCAAUCCAGAUACGAACCCAUUGGUUGAGUUGGCACAGGAGCUUCAAAUCAAUGAACCACCAUCAGCUGCACCCAUCGACGACUUGACAGAUCUCAAAUGGAACCCUGAUCCUAUCGACGCAUUGCCCGAUUUCCGUAGAGGUAAGAUCUCCGAUGUCUUGGAAGCAUUGGUGUCGAUCUAUGAUCUGACUUCGGUUUUCACAGAGGAACUCACUGGCAUAUUCGGCAACAGGCUUCUCCAAUGGGACAAGUACAGUCUCGAGGAUAUUGAUGACAUCACUAGACUUCUCAAGGCCAGGUUUGGCUCCAACGAGUUUUCUUCGUUGGAUGUGAUGAUCAAGGAUGUUCAUGAUAGCAAUAAUCUCAACUCUCAGCUCGGGGGCGCUGGAAUGGAGCUUACAAUUCUUUCCAAGAUGUAUUGGCCAUCGAUCGAGCAGAAGAUGGAGAACGAGCAAAAGUUCAAUGUACCCAUUGAAGAUAGAUUCAAGCAGUUCACCGAGGGUUUCGUUAAUGCUAAGCCAGGAAGAGAUCUCGAACUUCUUCCCUCUAUGGGAACGGUGUCCUUGGACCUCGAAUUCGAUGGUGUCUUGAAAAGCUUCAUGGUCACCCCUGCUCAGGCAACAGUCAUUGAAGUAUUCGACGAGGAGCAAGAUGGUCUUUCUCUCCCAACAGUCAUAUUGACAACGGGUCUUUCGGAAUAUGUUGCAUCGCAGGCACUCAAAUUCUGGGUGGAUGCAUCAAUUCUCAGCGACAAAAACGGGGUUUACAAGGUAAUAGAAUAG